AUGCCUGGAAUGCAACAACAGAAUAGAAGCGGAGAAAUAUGUCUCCAGAGUUCUUCUCGAAAAGAAAGUGACGUGUUAUGUGAAACUCGGGUGAGUUUAUCAGUUCAUUGAAGUUCUUACUUUACUCAAAGGCUGACUAAACAAAAUUACCUUGUGUAGUGGUCACUUGUGUUGCAACUAUGCCGUUCAUCCUUUCACUGAAUCCGCUGACCACAAAACCCUGGGCGUAUACAAAUUCGUAAGUGAUUGGGAACAAUAACUCGAGUUCUGCACUGCUAACUGAUGCUACCCUGAGAAAAUAGCUGACAUUUUGUGAUUCCACCACUGGUUUCCUCGCGAACUUGUCUGAAGAAUGUUUGCAGAUAUUCCAUACUGAUAUGACGUGUAGCUUUCUAUCAGUAAAAACAAAAUUGACUGGUUUGUUGGCUAGGACUCGUCAUUUAAUUCCUUUGAUUUUGAUUUAAUUAUUUGAUUUCGGGCCUGAAAAGUUACCGGGACUUUCGAGAAACGGGCUAAUCAUAUUCAACCUACUUAUAAACGACAUUUUAACUUUUGUCCCAGGAAAUACGAAGAUGCGGCGGAAACAGCUUUUGCUCAGAAAAGCGAGGAGGGCCUGGAUUUAGUCCUUGGAAAAUGUGCAACUUCAAAUCGUCCGUUGGUGAACCGCAUUUAAGAAAUGAAGGCUCCUCUGUGGCAAAGACGUUAAAAUUCUUAGAUAGAUUGAAAUCUUAA